CUGCUGCAACUAUAUUCGUAGUACUUCUUCUUCCUUUGCUCUCAACGAACAGUACUCCGCUCGCUUUUUUAUUCUUAUCGUUAUUAUUUGAACCAACAAAACAAACAGCAACAACAGCAAGCUUCCCUGCAAGAGAGAGUUGGUUAUCAGAGAGAGAAAGAAAAAUAAGGAAACGAUGUCGUUUGAGGAGACAGAGUUGAGGCUGGGGUUGCCAGGAAAUAUUAUUAUUGGGAGUGGAGAUCAUCAGGUGGCAAGGAAGAGAGGGUUCCAUGAGACAGAAACUGAAACAACAACAAAAAUGCCACAUCAUCAUCAUCAUCAUUUGAAGCUUACUAUUUCAGCUUCCAAGGAAGAAUCAUCAUUUGAGCCCUUGGAUCCAGCCAAGCCUCCCCCACCCAAGGGGGAGGUAGUGGGUUGGCCACCCAUAAGAUCACACAGAAAGAAGAGGUUGGGCCUGAAGCUGAAGGGAAGCAGAUCAGAGGAUGAAAUUCAAAUUAGUGAUGAGAAGAAGAAUAUUGGCAGUGGCAGUGGCAGCUUUGUGAAGGUGAGCCUUGAUGGCGCGCCUUAUCUCCGCAAACUCGACUUGGCCAUCUGCACUGGCUACAACCACCUCUCUCAUGCCCUCGCCAAACUCUUUGCCACCUCCUUCACCAUUGGGAUGAAAGAUUUCAUGAACGAGACCAAGUUGAUAGAUCUUUUGAACGCUUCUGAUUACGUUCCAACAUAUCAAGACAAAGAUGGCGAUUGGAUGCUUGUUGGUGACGUUCCAUGGCAGAUGUUUGUUGAAUCUUGCAAGCGUCUACGCAUAAUGAAAGGAAAGGAAGCCAUUGGACUUGCACCAAGGGCGGUAGAGAAGUGCAAUAACUACAAGAGCUAACUUCCCCUUUGAUAUAUUUUCCAAAGCAAAUGGAAAGAUGGUGUGGUUUGAGGUUUGGUUGGUGUCUUAUAUUAUCAAAGCAUACAUAAUUAGGGUUUGGAAUAAUGAGAACUAAUGUAAAAUUAAGGAUAUUUUUAAUGUGAGAUUAAUUGGCAUCUAUAUAUAUCAAUAUAAUGUAUCAUUAUUUUA